CCCUCCCCUCCCCCCCGGAAGCCGCCUCAUCCAAGCCUGCCGUACAUUAAUUGAACACCAAAAAACUGGACUUUAUUUCACCUUAAAUAUCACCGGAUGGUUGUCUUUUGGGUGAGAUAAGGGCGAUAAAGACGGGGAAGAGGACACACACCAUGGAGCAGCCGAUACUGUCACAGAGUUCCCCCGCUGCCUGUGGAGGAAAGGCUAGGCCAAAGACACAGUAUGUCGAUUUGCUAGAAGAGAGGAGAGCAUCAAGUGACCUGAGAUGGGCUGCCCGCGAGUGGUCGUCGAGAGGAGACUACCGAUACAGACUACCCCUGAACCGCGAAGACAUCUUCAAUCGAGUGAUGGGGUCAGAGAGAGUGAAGCACACCAUCAGCCAGUUGGCCAAAAAUGAGCAGGACCAAGAAGCUUUGGAAGAAGAAGUAAAGGGUAUCCUGGAACAGAUGGGGCAUACGCAGGACAUAGGCACUAUACGACAGUUUGCCUUUAUCCUUCCCAAGAUCAUGAAGAGAAUUUAUGGAAAAGUUCUAAUUAAUGACGAUGGUAUUGAGAAACUUCGCAGCAAGUUGGUUGAAACACCUGUUAUCCUGCUCCCAACACAUCGCUCCUAUGCAGACUUCCUGUUAGUGUCCUACAUCGCAUACCAUUUCAACCUCCCCUUACCUGUCAUUGCUGCUGGAAUGGAUUUUAUGAGCAUGGCCGUCAUAGGUGACAUGCUGAGGCGUUCGGGUGCAUUCUACAUACGCCGAUCGUUCAUGGACAAUGCUCUCUACUGGGCAGUAUUCCAAGAAUAUGUUCAGACGGUUGUGGAGUGCACAGGCUCCCCCCUUGAGUUCUUUCUGGAGGGUACAAGGAGUCGAAGUGGAAAGUCAUUACCUCCAAAGAUAGGGUUGCUCGGCUGCGUGUCGGAGUGCUGGCUGCGAGGAAGGCUGCCCGACCUCACCCUUGUGCCCAUAAGCAUCUCCUAUGACAGGACCCUCGAGGAGAAGCUCUAUGCCUACGAACUGCUCGGAGUGCCGAAGCCUAAGGAAUCGACUUCGGGUCUUCUGAAGGCAACCAGCAUUUUAAAGGAAAAGUUCGGAGACAUUCGCGUCCAUGUUGGUGACCCCGUAUCAGCCAGGAGCUUCCUUCUUCCGCGCGUCGAAAGGCAUCUCACCGCCUCCGUGCCGUCGCAUUUGUCCCCGUUGCUCAAGAAUGAGUUGUCUGCCUGUGAAGCCCUAGGCCUCCACGUGUUACACAGAAUCCAAAUGGGUUCCCUUACAAGUGUCUGGAGCAUCGUCUGCGUCCAGCUGAUGCAAGCACUUUGGAGAGGGCAGUGGGUGGUUCCCCUCAAAGGUCUCGUCGAAGAUGUUUCGUGGCUGGUGGGCAUUUUCCAGAAGGUCGGGGGAGAGGUGGCUGUUGAAGGAUCUGUAGAAGAUACUGUGAGACACAGCCUUGCAAUCCAUCAACAAGUAGCGACUCUAGGACCCAAUGAUGUUGUGCAUAUACAGCAGAUACACCAACCUAAUCAGCAGAGCGUACACUUACCCCAAAAGAUGGCCACCUUGAGCAGUGGAACCAUAGAAAACGCAGUGACGCAUCUCAUGUUGCAACAUUACAUCAAUCAGUCAUUGCACCUGCUAAUCCGACCAGCAUUGGUUGCUCAAGCCCUUGUGUCGCGAGUGAGUUGUAAUGCAGUGUGCCCCAUCGAGGAGCUACAGAGCCGAUUCUUCUUCCUCCGUUCCUUGUUGAGCAAUGACUUCAUCUUCGAGAAGGACGCUGCAGGAAAGGACUUCAUGGAAGGAUUAUCCCUGUUGACGUGGAGCGGAGAGGUCAGUUUCAUCCAGGGUUCAGUCCACCAUACCGGCAGAGGCAACAAACUGAUGUCGUUGCUCCUCGGUCUCCUCAAGCCCUUCGUCAUCACCUACAGUUGUGCUGCAGAGACGCUGGCCUCCCAGGAUUGGCUUGACAAUGGCGAAGUUGUUCUGGCCAUCCAGCGUUGCGUGGAGAGACUGGUGGCGAGUUCAGGGGUGUACUCUGCACUCUCCUUGGACCCGACUCGCCAUGCACUGCGCUCACUCAUCAAGCUGGGAAUGGUUGAGAAGAGAAAGGGAAUGGGUGACCAAAUGACACUUUCCCCCAACCAAGAAAAGCUGCAGACGGUUCUCCAGGAGCUCGGCAGAAGCAGCGAAGGAGAUCUGCGGCCGAAAUUGUAGCCAGUCCACACAGCUGACCAGGAGAAUCAUUUCAAACAAGGCGCGUCAUGCACUGAGCCAGAAAUCUUUGUCAGUGUGAAAUACAAAUAAUACAAA